GCCUGACGUCACCAAAUACAUAAUGCUUCUUCUAGUGUACUUCUGUACCUGUCCUCUACCAACUUCACACAUCCAUUGAGUGUUUGAUAAUUUAUUGUGCACUGUCUAUUUCUCUCUCUGCCAAUUGUCGCAAGGAGUCUUGUUUUGGUUCAACUCGUUCUGUGAGUUAUAUCACUUUUUUGCUGUUUCCUGUCCGUUUUAUAGACGCCGUUCCCUAUUUCGGCAAUGCUGGACGCUAAAGAAUACCAUUAUCUUAAGAAAGAGCUCAUUUCUCUUCAGGUAGAGCGUGAAUUCUCUAUUUUGAGCAACCCGGACAACUUGGCUCACUUGGGUCUCCCAUUCAAGCUUCCCGAUGGAUCCUUUCUCCGUUACGAAGAGUCAGAGACUCCUGUAAUCCGUUUUAUUUUCCGAAGAUUUGCCCUUACAUUCCCCUUUCUGGAUUCAUCCACUCAAGUAGAGUUUUGGAAUGAAAACGUUCGAAGUUUUCUUGUCGCAGUGGCCGAAGCACAAAAGAGCUUUGUUUCAGAUGCAGAAAACUCGUCCAAAUUGCGUCGUCUGAAACUCAAGCUUGUCCGUGUUUUCGUUCUCCUCAUUAGUUCUGCCAUUCAUCUGGUCGAGCGAGAGGAGAUGAUGGAUGUGUCGGAAGAGGAAAAGACAUUAAUGGCCCACUUUGAGUCACUGUCGCUAAAUGCCAAUUUGUACGAUUCUCAACCUAUUCGAGCAGAUGUCCUUGGUGUUCGCGUGAACGAGCCAGCAGGUAUACUUCGAAAGCGUACGUUUGAAUAUAUGAUUCGCGUUCAAACGAAGACCGAGGUGUAUUACAUUGCACACCGUUACUCUGCCUUUGAACAGCUGAGACGCGCUCUUCUGAAGCGUUUUCCCAAACUGCAUGUGCCUACGCUUGCCAAGCAGGACACUCUUAGCUUUGUUGUGCACUAUUCGCCAACACGCAUUUCCACCGACUCGGGGGCAGAUGCAUUCUUGUUUCAUUCAGAAGGGGCGAUUGAAGGCGAUUAUGAUGAAGUCGUCGACAAGACGUUGCAUAGAGAGCGGACUCGCUAUUUCCUGCGUACAUUCAUGCACCUUGUUUUGUCCAAGACGGAAUUUCUUGAAAGCGAUUGCUUGCAGAUGUUCCUCUUAAAGAAUAUGACUGAGCCGAAUGACGAGGAAAUUCUUGACAUGCGUAUCCGUGAACAGCUUGAUCGUGUUCGCGAGCAAGAGCAGUUCCAGUUCAAGAAGGCAGCAAAUGAGCGCAUGCAUGAAUUGGAAGGUCAUAUGCGCAACUUCAAGCAAAACAUGAUUGAGCAUGGUGGCUUCAGUGCGCUGUUUUCCGAGCUGAAGGAAAAGGACAGUAUUGAAGAGCUUUCUCCACCACUUCAGAAGACCAUCAAUUGGGCUAAGGUUUGUCUUGCUUCAACCAUUUACAUGACGUUCUUUGGAAAGGAAAAAUCUCUGGAUACGUUUUCGCGCAUCAAGCGGAUGCACAGUAUUAUCCCUUAUACCAUUCUUAAGGGUGUUAUGCGUCUUUCAAAUCCUGUUGCCAUGAUGAAGCAUGUACUGGAUGUGUUUUUGGCCCAACCUUUCAACAAGCGGUCUUUGUUCCAGCGUCUCAUUGGUAUUGGUUUGCAGGAUGACAUUCGCUUGCUGGAGAAGUUGGUUGGAAAGUAUGAAGCAUCCAUCAAGAAUGUGGAAAUCUGUAACAGAGUCAGCAAUUUUGUUGAAGCACCCGAGUCGUAUGCUGACGUGGAUGUCGGAAUGCCCGAUACCGCUAAGUUGCUUCUGCAGGUAAUGACUUCGGAGCAACACGAACCGGUCCUUUCGCCGGAGUCCUUGGAUGAGAUUUUGCAGGGCUAUGAAUGCUGGAAAAUGAGUAUCGAAAGCGAUUCCUAUCCUGCGGACGGCGAGUACUUGGAAAGAGCCAAGCGUUAUGGUUACACCAUGAAGCUCCUGAAACUUUCUAUGCAACUUUCUGGCAAGCAGAGUAUGGUGAAGCUUUUGUUCGAAGGUGUUACGGGUACUUUGAUGCGCGACGUUGUCGUCAUCUUCUACAAGCCUCUUAUGCGCGUGUACAAGGCUGCAAGCGUAUAUCAAUCUGUGGAUGAUUUCUCUGCCUUCAUGGAUGAUAUGCUUGGCUUAGUGGAGAAAACGCAAAACUCGUUUGAAAUGAACCCUAACGCUGUGGUGAAGAAGUUUAUCGACCUUGUUUCGCGCCAUGAGCAAAGCUUCUUCGACUUUGUUCAUAAAAUCUACACACACGACGAUGGCUUGUUCAUUGAUUUGACCAAGUGGAUUGAAACUGUGUUGUAUUUCUUGAAGAAGGACUCGACGAGAAACAUUGAGAUGAACACAGUGUUGGAGACUUUAGAGCCCGAAGAUAUGGUAACCUUGAAGCAAGAGUUGACUGAUCUUUUGGACUGGAAUCACCGCACAAAGGUUGCCAACUUGAUCAAGGUUCAAUGCCGUUAUGGAGGCAUGGACGAGUCUAGUUUGCCAAACGUUCAAUCCGACGACUUUGGACUCGAUAAUGAGCUCUUCCGCGAGCUGCAAGAUCGUCCAGAGGAAGACGACGACGAUAAUAGUUUGCAAUUGUCACUUACUGCGACGAACGAUAGCAUAAGUAUUCUUGAGCCUGAUGACCCUGUUGGCGAAGCUCGUGUGGAGGCAGCCCGUGCACUUGCACAGCAAGCAGAGAACGCGGUGAAGCCCGACUUUGCGAUUAUACCCAAGCUCCUUCCUGGAUUUGUUGCCCAACUUAGAGAAACUCUCCUUGAAUCUCUUCACGAGAACUCUCUUAUGGCUUAGGACGAUUGAAUGCUCUUCGCGGUUCCCAAGAACCAGUCCAGUCGCUCUGUUUCUCACUUUAUAUUGUAUUAUUACAACGCUGGAACGGACAAGGCUCGCGCCCGUGUUGGUUCCACACACAUCAUUUUAGUUUAUGCAUUCCUAAAUCUGCAACACCUGUGUUCGACUUCCAUGACAUUAGUGUUGUAAUAACAUCAUCUUA